AUGGAGGGUAAUAAGUCGAGGGAGUGGCUUGAGAAGUAUUACUCACCUAGCCAGUGGAAUAAGCGCAUGGGAGCAGACAAAGUAGUUCAGCAUCAUUUGAAAGUUUGUGGUGAAUGCAGUGAAGAAACAAAACAAAGUUUGAAUGUUGAACUGAAUGUGCCUUAUGGGGAAGGUAAAGCCAACAUGGAUGUAUUUUAUCCCCCACUGAAUGACCAUGAUAGUGCUCCAGUCAUUGUGUUUAUUCAUGGUGGUUACUGGCAGCAAGGCAGUAAAGAUUUGUACAGUUUUGUCAGUAAUUCAUGGACAAAAGCUGGAUGUAUUGCAGUAGUUUUAGGUUAUAAUCUUGCACCAGAGGCCAGUGUGGAACAGAUCAUCACUGAAAUCCAAGCUGCACUAGAGCACAUUGUUGUUAAGUUUCCUAAAUCAAAACUGUUUUUAUGUGGACAUUCUGCUGGUGCACACUUAUCUGCCAUGAUGGCACUUGCAAAUUGGAACAAGGGUGGGUUAGUUUCACAAGCUGUUCAUGGCAUGUUUUUACUCUCUGGGAUUUUUGACUUGGUUCCCUUGGUUAACACUAGCAAUAAUGAUGCAUUAAAAUUGGAUGCAGAUUCCGCUGAAAAAAUUAGCCCCCUGACAAUUCUUAAGGAAGUAUCUCCCACAAUCUGCUGUCCUACACUAGUUGUAGUUGAAGAGCAUGGAUCUCCAGAGUUCAUUCGGCAGUCAAAAGAAUUUGAUGAGAUCUUGAAGUCACAUGGUGUACAAAGUUCCUUUUUAUGGCUUUCUGGAGUAGAUCAUUUUAAUUUAAUUGAAAACAUGGCUGAUCCUGAAGAUCAACUUUGCAAAGAAAUUUUAAAAGUUGUCCUUAAACAAUCUUAA